AAGAAAUAAAAAAUUGAUUAGGCAUAAGCUACAGCAGAUAAGUGUACUAAAAUUUGAACAUAUAUUCUAUGGGCGAUGCUAUAGUAUACGCACAAUACCUUUGUAACACAUAGUGUCUAGGUUGUAUCACUAUUAGAGAGGUUGCUGCGGAUGUUGGCAUUGUUGGAUUGGCUCAUGCCAUGCAAUUUUUUCGAAUGUUUUGCACACGAUACGUGUGGCUGUGAAGUUUAUUCGGAAUUUGUUAAAUUUUGAUCAGCAAGAAUUGUCACAUGAGCAUCGCUUAGGAAUUGUUGAAUGACAACGGCAACAACAAACCCGAUUUUCUCGAACGCGAUUAUAACCGAAGAAAGAGACGAAACAUGGGUAUAUGGUUAUGAUUGAGAAGACCCGUGAAAGGCCGGAAUAUUGUCGCGAUUAAGGAGAUAAAGGCCGUAUUGCAAAAGGUGCUCAGGUGCUCAUUCCAAAAGCGCAUAUUAGAAGUGCUUCGAUGAUUUGAAAAACACACAGGAGCAUGCGUAUUACGUUUAUAAAGGAGGUCGAUAAGGGUGUUGGUAAAUUUUGAAAAGUUUGUCAACCUCUGGCUUAAUGGACGCUAUGAAUAUGAGGAAAACAGUUCAUUACCUGAAAGAAAUUUUUUCUCCGAAAUUUUGGAUUUCCGCCCAAGCGCUCCAAAAGAAUUGAUAUCGCUGUUGAUGCAGGCAACUUAAUAAACAACAUAAGCAUGAAAUUAAAACGUAGUAAUAAUAAAAUAUCUAAUGAAGUGAUAUCAAGCAGUACGAUUCGAAUAUUGAUCAUUAUUUUGGAUAUUUUGGAAAAUGCGAAACGAAAGCUUUAGAGAUCAUUAACUUCAUAAUGUUGGAACAAGUAUAUUACAACUGCUACGUUUAGUAAUGGUAAAGUGAAUGAAAUCAAUAAAUAAUAUAAUUAAAGGAGUAAUCGAAUAACAGCCACGAUAACAUCAUACCGUAUUGGAGACUGUUCAACUAAUUUUCAAUUUUGAUUCAGCAGAAAGUCAUAACAAAUGCCGGAGAACAAGAUUAUUUACAAAACCCCUUCUCAAAAACAGCAACACCAACCGCAUCAAUAACGAAUAACAUUGGCAUAGCGUAAGCAAAAAGUGUAAAAAAAAAAUAAAUAAAUAAAUACAUAAAUUAGUUGGGAAGGAAACGCUACACACUUGCAUACGAACGUCGCAUUUUAAGCAAUACAAACUUACAUCACUUUCAUCGCUCACGUCCUCGGCAGAAGAGGAGCAAAAAUCGGCGGCAACAGCAUCGUUGCGUUAGCACCGCUCUCUUACCCUAUCAACUACAUAAUAUUAUUGUUAAGCUAAAUGAAUUUACUGUGUUGCUGCUGCUGUAACAUGGCACCAAAUACGCGCGUCACACGCAAAUGGGAACUAUUUGCCGGACGUAAUAAAUUCUACUGUGAUGGCUUAUUGAUGUCCGCACCUCAUACGAGUGUCUUUUAUUUAACUUGCAUUCUCAUUACCGGCACAAGUGCACUAUUUUUUGCAUUCGACUGCCCGUUUCUGGCCACCCGCAUAAAUCCCAUAAUACCGAUCGUUGGUGCUGUUUUAUAUUUUUUUACAAUGAGUUCCUUGCUACGAACAACCUUUACAGACCCCGGUGUUAUACCCAGAGCUUCAUAUGAUGAGGCUGCCUAUAUAGAAAAACAAAUCGAAGUGCCAAAUUCGUUAAAUAGUCCCACAUAUCGACCGCCGCCGCGAACAAAAGAAGUUCUCGUUAAAGGCCAAACCGUUAAAUUAAAAUAUUGUUUUACUUGUAAAAUAUUUAGACCACCACGUGCGUCACAUUGCAGCCAAUGCGAUAAUUGUGUGGAACGUUUCGACCAUCAUUGCCCCUGGGUGGGAAAUUGCGUCGGCAAACGUAAUUAUCGCUUCUUUUAUUUGUUUCUAGUCUCGUUGGCAUUUUUAGCUGUAUUUAUAUUUUCGUGCUCUGUGACGCAUUUAGUUUUAUUAAUGAAAACUGAAACAAAAGUUAUUGAAGUAAUUAAAACGGCACCAUUCACUGUGAUUGUGGUAUUCAUUUGCUUCUUUUCCAUAUGGUCUGUGAUCGGUUUAGCAGGAUUUCAUACUUAUUUAACAACCAGCGACCAAACGACAAAUGAAGAUCUUAAAGGCUCAUUUUCGGCGAAAGGCGGUCAACGUUCAGUGAAUCCGUAUUCUCGGGGGAAUAUUUGUCUCAACUGCUGUCAUAUACUUUGUGGACCCAUGACACCAUCACUAAUCGACAGACGCGGCAUUGCGACCGAUGAAUACAUUUCGCAAAUGCAACAACAUUCAAGUCCUCGACACCCAUUAAGUGAUGUAAUUAGUGCUACUCAUGUACCCAGUAGUGCUAUGAUAACAGCACAGCCGAUCGUGGCUGCCAGUUCAAACAAUGUCCUCGGCAUAGGUGGUACUGAUCUCAAGCAAAGAUUUUACGAUGAGUCGAAUGCGUCAUCAUCGGCAUUGGAGACGAGCGCACAUGGAGGCGGUGUGUAUCGACCGCGCAGCUACGAUAAUUUACAAAACGGUAAUUCCAAUAGCUUAGCACAUUUAGUGGAGAAUGAGAUACCGUUAUCCCAUAUAGAUGUAACACCAGCUCAGCAUAGCCAGUCUUUGUCAUCUGGAUUAAAUCAGUCACGUCGCUUUAGGCAUCACAAGCAUAAAUCUCAACAGCACGCAACUGAUUCAACUGACGAGUAUUUGCAAGAUAUAGAAUUGGCAGACAAUGCGAUAACGACAAGUGCAACCAACAUACAUCCAAACAUAUUAACCAUGACAAAUAAUCAGACAUUCGAUGAUGACGAAGUGGUAGUUGUGGACACUACCGAAGUUGUGGCAGCGGUCUCCGCCAUAGCAGCUACAAAUAAAGCUCGUGAACGUCAUCACCUAUCGGGAAGUUAUAAUAAUUUAUUUCACGUUGAUUUUGACAGUAGUCUCUCUUCGCCUACAACGCCGACGAAUACUUCACCCUUGGCAGAUUUGUCCGCAACUGCAAAUGCGGAUUUCUACAAAUCAUCGUCCCCGGAUACUAAUUUGAUGACAGCCACUCUAAUGGCUAGCGGCAAUUUACCGGCAAAGUUGCCUCUAUCUAUAUCUCAAACUGAGAAUAUGUAUAGUAAUGUACCGCCGGUAAAAACGAAUAAUGAAGAAGAUGCCAAUUUGCACGUUUACUCCAAUUUAGUCGAUGAUCGUAAAGCGCAACAACAUACAAUUAAUACAAAAAAUCAAGCGAAUGUCUCACAUUCAGCCAACGUACCCUUAGACUUGCCUUCCACCUUAUUAUGCGAUGAGCUUGAUUUAGAUGAUCCUAUGACAGCAUCGUUUGUUGCUCAAGGCACUGGUUCAAAAAAACCUCGCAAAUAUUUAACUAGACAUAAUUAUAACAGCAACGUGCCCGAUGUUUUACAAACGCCUGCUAACAUUUCCUCAACCGAUACCGCAAAAUUGAAUAGGUCUACACCGCGCGAUUUGACCACAAAUCGAUUGCGUAUCCUACACGAUACAACAAUGAUUGAUACUGAUUUGGAUUUAGAUAGUUUAGAUGACGUCAGCUUAGCUAACAACUCACGAGUGUGCCUGAUAAAGUCGCCACCACCACCGCCACCGCCUCCAACUGCUUGAUAGUUGAAAUCAAAGGCAAUUUGUUAAAGACACGAAAUCAUGUCAACAUUUAUAACCACCGUUGGUAAUGUUUAAGUUAAAAAUAUUCAGGAAUUUCUUUUUAAAAUAAUUUUAUGUAAAUAUAAUCGUUUUAUUAUUAU